AUGGCCGGGAAAAAGAUCGAGUGCUAUAUCGACUGCGUGUCACCAUACAGCUUCUACGCCUUCACGUACCUCCAGGCAAACCGUGCUAUUCUCGAGGCCCAGAAUGUAGAAAUCGAGUACAUCCCCGUCUUCCUAGGCGGGAUCAACGUCGGCAGCGGGAAUAAACCCCCCUGGACGCUCCCCGCAAAAGCCGCAUACUCGAAAUACGACGGUAAACGCGCCCAGCGCUACUUCGGCCACGACUUUGAGGUUCCCUCGUUUUUUCCGAUCUUGUCGCUGUUGCCCCAACGAGCACUAACAUGCAUAAAACACACCCACCCCGAGCCCAAGUACCUAGCUGCCUUCCACUCCAUCUUCAAGACGAUGUGGUACGGACACAUCGACGUCUCGACGCCAGAGAACCUCUCGAUCGCGAUGCGCGAUGCUGGGGUCUUCUCUGACACCGAAGUAGCCGAUAUCGUCGCCGGUGCAAGCAAGCCGGAAAUCAAGCAGGAGCUCACGGGUACCACGGAACGAGUCGUCAAAGAGCUCGGUGCGUUUGGGUGUCCGUGGUUCUGGGUUAGUGAUGGGGAGGGACGGAAAGAGCCGUUCUUUGGGAGUGAUCGGUUUCAUUACAUGUGGGAUUAUUUGGGGCUGAAGCAUAGGGAUUUGGAGUUGGUGGGUGAGAAGGGGAAGUUGUAG